AGGUAGCGAAACGACAUCGCCAAUCCCUAGCGGAAACACAGCUACGGCGGGCGGACCGGGAUCCAGUGCGGCAUGAAGCCACCCCGGCGAUCCGCCGGCGGCGCCGCAUCCGAGGCCUCCUCGGCGGCCGGAUCGGACGCCGAGGACGACAGGUACUGCAGCGCCAACUCCGCCCUCGGCACGCCCAGCUCCUAUGCCACCAUUCUCCCCUCCUCCGACUUCUGGGACCACCAGAUGGACCUCCUCCUCGAUGACCAUCCCGCUGUCUCCGGAUUCCCCAAGAAUCACCAGCUCAGCCGCCUCCAGGCGCUGGCGCCGGCGCAGUCGCGGCCGGAAAUCGGUCCUCCUCCUCCGGCGGCCGCCGGAGGCGGCGCCCUCGCGCAGCAGGGGUCCAGUCCUGGUUCGCCGGCUGCUCCUCCGCGCCCGGAUCACAACCAGGUGGGCAUAUUUGAUGACAAUGAUUUAUUCGAUGAUAUGGUCCAAGAGAUGGAACAGAUUCUGCUCAAUUCAGGGGAGCCACAUGAAAAUGGAUCCUUUACAGAUAAUCGCAGGAGCAAUGCUCGCCAGGCUCACCAUUUCAGAGAUGGCAGCACUACUGCCUCUACUUCUGGUACAGAUGAUGCCUAUGUAUACCCUCUUCCUCAGUAUCCUUCAAGAAUUGAUUGGGUGGAGGUUGUGGGAGCAAAGCAAAGAACUGGUGAUGUUUCUUUCGGUGAGCGGAUGGUUGGUGUCAAAGAAUACACUGUUUAUUUGUUAAAAGUGAGGAGUGGUGAAGAUGAAUGGGAAAUUGAGCGAAGGUACCGUGAAUUUUAUGCACUUUAUCGACAACUUAAGGACUUCUUUUAUGAGAGAGGUUUGAGUCUUCCCCCUACAUGGGAAAGUGUUGAAAAAGAGUCAAGUAAAAUAUUUGGGAAUGCAUCCCCGGAUGUCGUCAGGGAGAGAAGUGGUCUAAUUCAAGACUGCUUGCGUUCUUUGCUAGUUUCGAGUUAUCCAUUUGGAAUUCCGACCCCUCUGGUUAAUUUUUUGUCACCAGGGAGGCCUGGUUAUGAAUAUAGUUUUUUGAAAACUCUCAUUCCACGAUCUUUGCAAAAGCGAAGCAGUGAUUUAAAUUCCAAAGAUUCAGAAUGCAAUGAAGGUGCCCAUGAUGAUUCUACCUCAAUGGGCAAGACCAUAUCACUUAUUGUGGAGGAUAGGCCACGGAAGUCGACCAGACAGUUGUUAGAGUUACAGCACUACAACUGUGCAGGAUGCCAUAGGCAUUUGGAUGCUGGACGAACAUUGCUGCAAGAACUGGCGCAAACUAUUGGAUGGAACAAACCUCGAUUUUGUUCUUACACUGGCCAAUUGUUUUGUGCUUCUUGUCACACAAAUGACACUGCAGUUCUGCCAGCAAGAGUUUUGCACCACUGGGAUUUUUCACUAUAUCCAAUUUCACAGUUAGCAAAAGCAUAUUUAGACUCCAUCUAUGACCAGCCUAUGCUCUGUGUAAGUGCUGUCAAUCCUUUCCUGUUCUCUAAAGUGCCAGCUCUGCUCAAUAUCAUGAGUGUCCGGAAGAAAAUAGCAGCUAUGCUUCCUUGCGUCCAAUGUCCUUUCCGGAACUCCAUACUUAAAGGACUAGGAGUUCGAAGAUACCUUCUUGAUGGGAAUGACUUCUUUGCACUUCGUGACCUUGUUGAUCUCUCAAAAGGGGCUUUUGCAGCACUUCCAGUUAAGGUGCAGACCAUAUCGAACAGGAUACUUGUGCACAUCACUGAGCAAUGUCUUGUGUGCUAUGACGCUGGUGUACCUUGUGCUGCUCGACAAGCUUGUGAUGACCCCCUUUCCCUUAUAUUCCCAUUUCAGGAGGAUGAAGCUACAAAGUGUGGUUUGUGUGGGUCAAUCUUCCACAAGCAAUGCUUUAGGAAGAUUAGUGUGUGCCCUUGUGGUAAGGCAUCCAACGCAGGCAGGAAGGUGGUGGCACUUGAGCAAGCUGGUGGCACGGGCAUGCCAUCAACAGAGUCUGUCCAACCUCCACCAUUCUCUUCAUCCUCUGGGUUUUUCUCCGAUAUUCUCUCGAAAGCAAGGCCGGAUAAACUUUGGAGACCAAAAAAUAGCAGUCCUGUAAUCCUUAUGGGUUCGCUGCCAGAUACGUCUAUAUGAGCUCAGUUGUAUGUGUUUAUGUUCCAUUGAUUAUCGUGAUUUUGCCCCCAAAUACAUUCAUACCGUGCAUUAGAGGAGGUUCUCCCCAAUUGUUCUGAAUGUAAUGUAAUGCAGCGUGAACCUUGGAUUAAUACUAUGAAGGUGGUACAAGGUCCCAUAGUUAUACAUAAA